AUGGAACAUUUUGUCAAGUUGUUUGACUUUACUCCCAUGGAAUCCAUUGUAGCUGCUACAGCGGGUGUUGCCAAAUUGUUCAUGCAAGAAGAUGAACUCGGCAAAAUCUUGCCUCAAUAUUAUGCCGACUGUAUCCUUGUCAACGGUGAUCCUCUGAAAGAUAUCUCCAUUCUCCAAGACCAUGACAAGCUGGAUGUCAUCAUGAUCAACGGCCGAAUCCACAAGUCCGCGCCAUCAGACUUUGUGACUCAACCCACUCAGACUACAACGAUAUCGUCAGCCAAGAACUACAACUUCGUCGCUUUUGAAGACCGAAUGGGUAGAUCCCGUAUUGGCCAUUUGGAAGACUCGACAAUUUAUUCUUUGACAAUGGCCUCCGGCAGUCCUUUGAGCAAUAUGUAUCAAGUCAUUGAGUUAAACAAUGAUGUACGUCGAGGAGAAGAAUCAUUUUCGUUGGAUUCGGUCAAGUUAUUACCACCGCUUGCAGGCCGUGAUGUUCUAUGCAUUGGAAACAACUACGCCGACCAUGUCAAAGAAUGCAACCCUGAUGGAGUCGACACAGACCGUCAAAAAAAAGCCCCUCUACUUAAUGUGUUUACCAAACGCAAUACUAGUGUUAUUGCCUCGAACCAGGACAUUUAUGCCCACGCGGGAUUCACUGAGACACUCGAUUAUGAGGGAGAAGUUGGCGUCAUAAUUGGCAAGCCAGGCUUCCAAAUCAGUGAAAGCAAUGCUAUGGACUAUGUGUGGGGCUUCACUAUCAUUAACGGUAAGUAG